AUGUCUCUGUUGCGGCAGAUCACCCCGCGCACGAGAGCAGAUGUAGCAGCUGCAGCAGCAGUUGCUGCAGCCGCUACACCUGUAGCGACUGCCGCAGCUGCUGCUGCUGCUGCUGCGUCUGCCAAUGCCAGGCCUUCCCGCUGCAGAAGGCAGCAUCCGCUGCUGUUGGGCUUAGAGCGCCAACGGCAGCAAAUGCUGCUGCAGCAGGAGUGGCAGCAGCCGAGAGGCUGCUUCCACUGCAGGCAGCGGCAGCAAGUUGCUCGUUUAAGAGCAGCAAGCUCGGUUGCAGCAGCUGCUGCUGUGCAGCACCAGAGCGCGCAGCAGCGUUAUUACAUGCACCAGUGGCCGCAGCAACAACAGCAGAUUCAGCAGCAACUCACUGAGGAGGACAACUUUCCUUUUGCUGCUCAUGCUUCCUGUUGGGCGCAACAGCCUCACGUCGAGCUGCCGGCAUGGCAGAACCUACCGCAGCAGCAGCAGCAGCCGCAAUGGCAGCAGCAGCCGCAAUGGCAGCAGCAGCCGCAGUGGCAGCAGCAGCAGCAGCAACCGCAGCCGCUUCAGGAGAGCCAGAAGCUGCAGCAGCUGCAGCACGCACCGCAGCCAGAGCAGCUGCGGCCUCUCGGAACAUACGUUUGGCAGCAGGCGCUGCAGCACAGCGAUGAAGAGUGGCAAGGAGUAAGUUUGGAAACUGCUGGCGUGCUGCAGCAGCAGCAGCAGCAGCAGCAGCAUCCAUGGGCGUGGCAGGAGGACUCAUCUCUCCAGCAACUCCUGCUAGAGCUCCCUCAGCCGCCGCAUCACAUUUUCCACAAGCCGCAGCAGCAUCAGCAGCAAAUGGAAGAGCGGCCUCAGCAGCAGCUGCUGCAGCAGCCGCAGCAGCAAGCUGCUAACGCGGGCGCUGCGCUGUGCAAAAGCAGCUCCUCCCAAGCGAGCAAAGGAGGUCCAGCAGCAGCAGCAGCAGCAGCGCCAGCAGCAGCAGCAGCGCCAGCAGCUGCAGCAAAUGCUCCUUCAGCGAUUGAGGGCCUCAAGGAGCUGCGGCGGAUGGGGGAGAUGCAGCAGCAGCGCGUGUACGCUAGGCUGCUUGGCAAGGCGGAGGAGGGUGCUGGUGCAGCCAACUGCCCCGCAGCAGCACAAACAGGCGCAGCAGCAGCAGCAGCUGCUGCUGCUUCUUCUGGGCUGUCGGCCAGUGUGCUGCUGUGCCUUCAUGCUCUCGAGCUGGAGGCCAUGCAGCAAGGUUUGCUGCUGGCAGAUGUGCCAAGAGAGGAGCUGUUCAGACACCUGAAGACAGCUGUGCUGCCUGGGGAGCAGCAGCAGCGGCGGCAGCAGCCUUUGCUGCUCAAUCCGGAUUGGCUGCAGCAGCAGAAGGAAGCAGCCUACGGCGUGAACCCCUACCCGAUCCCGCUCCGCUGGACGCAGCAAGAUCUGCCCUCUGACCCGCAGCAGCAGCAGCAGCAGCAGCAGCUGCAGCUGCAGCAGUCACGGGAGUUGGCCCCCUCUCGUUCUUCUGCAGAGGAGCUGAUGAGCGUGCUGCGGCGAAGACAAGUAAUAGUGGAAGGCUGCAUCUGGAAGCGGCUAACAGCAGAAGUGCAGCAACAGCUGCAGCAGCUAGCUGCAACAGGUAAAGGAGGUGACUCAGGCCCCGCCAAGCGGCUGUGGGUCCCUUGGGUUAAAGACAUGACCAAGCCUAUAGCGGCGCUGCAGCGGCGGCAGCGGCGCUUUGCUGCAGCAGCAACAGCUGCUGCUGCUGAGUCUGAUGACGCGGACGCUGCAGCAGCAGCAGCAGCUGCUGUCGCAGACUUCGACGGCAACGAUGGCUACCUCCCGCAGCAGCUGGAACCUGUUUUGCUGGCUGUCAUUACUGCACGCACAGUGCUGCAGCAGCUGCUGCUGCCUAAAGCCACAGCUCCCACAGGGCCGACAAGCAAAGGGCGAGAAGGCUUGACUGCUGCUUCAUCUUGCUCUGCAGCAGCGGCAGCUGCUGCUGCUGCUGCAGCUGCUCUGUCUGCUGGAGGGCCAGAGCUGCAGCAGCGGCAAGCGCUAGUAACACAGGUUGCAAUGAGUAUCGGAGACGCAGUGCACGCAGAAGUUGCGGCUGCGUUCCUCGAGAGGCAGCAGCAGCAGCAGCAGCAGCUGGGCCAGUGCUACCUGCCGCUGCGCAAGCAGCAGCAAAAGCGGCAGCACCGCUACAGCGGCGGAACUGCAGCACAAACGGCACAAGCUGCUGCCUCACUAGCAGCAUCACCGGUGCUGCUGCCUCGGUGGUCUUCGCGGAAGCGUCUUGCUGUUGGGGGGUUGCUGCUGCAGUUGCUUGUGAAGCAUGCGAUGAUUGAGGCUCCAUAUGCAGCAGCAAAAGAGGAGCUCGCCACAGAGCUGCAGCAAUUGAGGGCCGAGAAGCAGCGCAUACUUCUGAGCAGGUCCCGCAGGCGGGAGCAGCAGCAGCAGCUGUUAGAUCAGUCGGGUGCAGCACAGGCUCGAGCAGCAGCUGCAGCGGCCCCUGAGACGGCCGAGCAAAUUGUUGCCUCGAAAGAAGCAGCAGCAGCAGCAGCUGCUGCUGCUUCUGCAGAAGAAGCAGAGGCUGCAGAGGAGAUACUGACAGACGCAGCAGCAGACUUAGGGGUGUAUGUGCCUCUGGGAGGCCGAGCCGCUGAGGAGCUGCAGCACCUCGUGGCCUACAAGUCGCGGCACGGCCACGACAAGGUGGAGGUUCCCGCAUUUCGCCACCGAGUUCUUUACUGCGCGAAGCGGCGAAAGAAAUUCGGAGUUAUUGAAAUGCGGCGCCUCUGCUUUGAUCGCUUGACCGCGGUGGGCAGCAGUCCUGAAGAAGCCGCAGCAGCAGCAGCGGCAGCAGCAGCAGCUGCCGCUGCUGCAGACACGGCAGCAGGGCUGUCCCUCGCAGCAGCACCACUACCAACGGCUGCCGAACCACCUGCUAACGCUAAAGAGCAUUCUCAGCAAGGGCAUCUGCCGCUGGGGAAGGGCGGAGGUGCAGAAGCAGCAGCAGCUGCAGCAGCAGCUGCUGCUGCCACUGUACGUACAGCUGCAGAUCGCUUGUCUUCUCCCUUCUGGCUCAUGCUGAAGCACGUCCCCAUGCUGCUGCCCCCAGCGCCCUGGACUGCCUACGGCAGCGGCGGCUACUUGAUGCUGCGCACAGCUUUUGUGCGUAGCGUGUCUGACACAGACCCGGGAAGCGGCGCUGGCCACAGCAGCAGCGCCAAAGAGAGCAGCAGCAGCGGCGCAGCUGACGGGGAGGCAGCAGAGGACUCUGAGCACCUCGCUGCCGACUCGGACGCCGCCGCCUCGUCUGUGAACGCUGCAGCAGGCAGCGACAGCAGCAGCAGGAGCAGCAGCAGCAGCCGUAAGAACGGCAGCCGCAGCAAGAAAGGCUCCGAUAUCUACUUGGGGUGGGGCCCGCGAGCAAAGGCGUGUCAAGACUUUCGAGUGUAUAACACAUCUACAGUUCGUUCUGCAGUCUCUCUUUUAGGGUCUGUCCCAUGGCAGAUCAACACGCAAGUGCUGCAGGUGCUGCAGCAGGCCUGGGCCUCAGGCGAGGGGCUAGGCAAAAUGCCGGCGCGGCACUCCCUCCCCAUUUCGCAGCUGCUGGAGCAGCACGAAGCCCAGCAGCAGCAGCAAGAGGAAAGCGGAAGCAGCAGCAGGAGCGCAAGCAGCAGCAAGAGCGAAAGCCGGUCGGUGCUGCUGCGGCACCUUCUGCAGCAAGAAACGCGCAUGAAGGGCGAGCGCCCCUCGUUUUUGCUGAAGCUGGAAACAGCGCAAAACUUCGCCUUGUGCUCAGCUCUUUACUUUCCCCACAACAUCGACUUCAGGGGCCGCUGCUAUCCACUCCCCCCUCACCUCAAUCAUAUGGGAGAUGAUGUUUCGCGCGCUUUGCUGCGGUUUACUCGCAGCCGGCCGCUGGGCGACAGUGGCUGGCGGUGGCUGCGGAUACACCUGGCGAAUCUGUUCGGACACAACAAGCUUUCCUUUGAGCGAAGGUGCAGCUGGACAGACACCCGAAUGCCGCAGAUCCUCGCUGCAGCGGAGCAGCCCAUGCAGCACAAGGACUUCUGGGCAGCAGCAGAGGAGCCCUGGCAGGCCCUUGCUGCAGUCCUCGAGAUCGCUGCAGCAGUCAAGUCGGGGGACCCCACAACUUUCCCCAGCAAACUCCCGGUGCACCUCGAUGGCACUUGCAAUGGCUUGCAGCACUACGCUGCCUUGGGCAGAGACCUCCGGGGAGGAGCUGCUGUGAACCUCUUGCCUGCUGAAACGCCUCAAGACGUCUACUCCCUCGUCCUGCAGGUCGUGAAGCAGAAUGUGCACUGCAUUUCGGCCUCUUCCACGGCCUCCUCAGCAGCAGCAGAAGCAGCAGCGGCAGAGGAAGCUACUCAGCAACGGCAACAGCAGAAUGGAAAGAAGAAACCGCGGAAGCAGGCCGUUGCUGCACGGAAGCAGCAGCAGCCAUGGCAGCAGCAGCAGCAGGAAAGGCGCCGCGAGUUGGCGCGGCUGUGUGAAACGCACGGAAUUUUGCAGCGAUCUGUAGUGAAGCAAACAGUGAUGACCGUUUGCUACGGUGUGACCGCCCUUGGGGCCCGAGACCAAGUGCUUUCUCAGCUAGAGGACCUGCUGGGGGGCCAACUGCGGCCUGAAGUGCUGCGGGAGCUAGGGGGGUUCUUGUCUCGCAUUGUGCUGCAGUCCAUUGGGGAGCUGUUUCGGGGCGCCAUGCAGACUAAGAAGUGGCUGGACACCGUUUCGGGUGUAUGUACAGCUGCGGGAGUGCCGGUGGCAUGGGAGGUGCCCGCGAUCGGGCUGUUGUGUGAGCAGCCUUAUCGGUCGCUGCAGCAGCAGCAAAUCCGCUCCCCGCUGCAGCGCCACACUUUGCACGUGUCAGGAGACAGCGCGCCUGUCAGCAGGUCCAAGCAGCGUUUGGGUUUUCCUCCCAACUUCAUUCACAGCCUUGACGCCGCCCACAUGAUGCUCACGGCGUUGGAGUGUAUAGGCACCUACAAGAUCGACAUGGCCGCCGUGCACGACUCCUACUGGGCCCAUGCCGGGUGUAUAGACACCCUGGCAGUGGCCCUCAGACAGCAGUUCGUUCACCUCUACCAGCACGACCCGCUGCAGCUUCUGUAUGACAGCGUCAAGAGCCGACUUCCCAAACAAGCAGCAGAGCUGCCUCGACCCCCCGCCAAGGGCGAGCUGGACAUCAGACAUGUGCUAGCCAGCCCUUACUUCUUCCACUGA